AUGCAGAGCACGGACCAGACAGACCUCCUCACUCCCAUGGACGAGGAGGAGAGGGAACACCUGCAAAACAAACUGAACGAGCAGAGGCUCCAAUUGGAAGAAAAGAAGAAGUACCUGGACCAGUUACGCAGCGAAAGCGGAAAUGGGUUUCUUACCGCUGGAAAGGGAUGGCGCAGCCAGGGUGGUGACUAUCCCGACCCUGACAGCAUGUUGAAAAGCUUCCUCGAAUCGAUGGAGAAGGAGGAACGAAGCAUGGACGCAUUGCAGCAGCAGGUGGACACAGGCAACGAAGAGACGUCCCAAACGGAGAACAACCAGAGCCACCACCUAAUCAGUAACAACAUCGCGAAGGAAAACUUCUAUUCCAACGCCAACCCGCUCGAGGAAUACGCUGAACAGAACAAUUUCCUCUUCUUGAAAAAAUCCUCAGCAAAAAAUUUCAACUUCAAAAUUGGAAAAGUGCCCAGUGAGGAGAAGGCCAUACAGAUAGAGAAGAAGAUUGUGAGCCAUUUUGACAAAUCCAUUCAGGUGAACAUCCUCACAGAUGAGGGGACUUCGUCGCUUCACCACUCGCGAAAUGGGAAUAGGCGGGGUGAGAGGUUCGCCUCCGUCCUUUCGAAUGGGCAGCCCAAUGGGGGGGAGUCAAAAUCGGGGAAAUUUUGUACGACCAAGUUGGGCAAGAAGGACGCCACUUUGAAAGACGCCGUUUUGAAGAGGGACGCUAUUUUGAAGAAGGGUGUAACACUUGGUGGGACCUCCCCCGAUGGCGAAGUAGUAGCACAGGCCGCCCCCCCACGGGGGAAAGACCCCAACCAAGUUGACCUCCUCCUCCGCAGCAGAUGCUUUCUGACCUUCUUGGAACGCAGCUCUAAAAUCGUGGAGCGAUCCUUGGGAGAGCAAGACGUCCUCAACGCCACCUUCGACUUUGCAGCGAAGGACAUAACAGGGGACGCGGAGAGUGCCGAAAGGAUGAAGUUUGUCAAUAUCUAUUCGUGUAAAAAGUACACAAACGGAAGGCCCAUAACAGACGUGAGGACAUCCAACUUUUACAAUGAGCUGUUCCUAGCUUCCUACGGCCUGUCGACAACAAGCAACUACACAGACCCCGACGGUUACGUCUUAGUUUGGAACAGCACAAUGAAUAGUCGCCCCGAAUACGUAUUCACCUCCGAGGCAGCUGUAUGCACCUCCGUCUUUAACAAAUUCAAUCCGCACCUAAUCAUAGGAGGGACUUACACAGGGAACGUCGUCUUGUGGGACAUACGAGCUAGCCAAAAACCAGUACAGAAAACGUGUCUUACCGCGCAAGGGCAUCUCCAUCCCAUAUAUUGUGCAGAAGUGAUAGGAACGAUGAAUGCACACAACUUGGUGACGGCAGACACGGAUGGGAGGCUAUGCAACUGGUCAUUAAAUAUGUUGACUUACCCAUCUGACACGAUUGAUUUGAAGAGAACAAACAAGGAAGUCUCCUGCUGUUGCUUCUCUUUCCAGGAGGGAGAAAUAAAUACUCUCUACGGAGGAGCCGAUGAUGGAACCCUAUUUCAAGCACAGAUACAUGGCACCAAAGUAGGCAUCACUGAGUUUUAUAACAUCCACCAUGGCCCCUUAACAGCUGCCCAGUUCCAUCCUCUCAUUGAUGGUGUCCCUGAUGAUCAUAACGAUCUCAUACUAACCUGCUCUGUUGACUGGUCUUGCAAGCUCCUAAGUGUCAAGGAACCUCAGAACGCACUCUACACCUUUGACUGCUUUGAUGACUACCUUAUGGAUGCGAAGUGGAACCCCGUACAUCCAGCGAUUUUCGCCACCUGCAGUAGUAAUGGAAACAUAAAGGUUUGGAAUAUGUGUUUGGAGCUGGAUUGCUCCUAUUUCGAUAUGACUGUUCAGGCGAAAUCGACAAAUAAGAUCGCCUGGUCGUGUGACGGGAAGAAGCUGCUUGCCGCCGACUCAGAUGGCGAAUUGACUCUUUGGAACGCGUCCAGCGAGGUUUACCAGCCGAGGUCCGAGGACAUCGCCAAGUAUAGCGCACGCGUUGAGAAGAUGCGCGGGGAGAGGAGCGGUGUGUGA